ACAGGAAACACCAUCGUCCUGGGCCUGGGCGCCUCCAACCUGCCCCGCGACGCGCCCUACGGCUGGCUCAAAUCCCUCGUCUCGAUCAGCAGCUUCCUGCUGGGCUCGUUCUGCUUCAGCCGCGCCGGCCGGCUGCUGGGCCCCACGCGGCGCGGCACGCUGUUCGCCUCCUUCAUGGUGCAGGUGGCCCUGAUCGUGAUCGCGGUGUCCCUGAUCCAGGCCGGGCUGAUCGCGCAGCCGGACGUCAACAGCACCCACCAGCACCACUUGCUGCUGGACCUCAUCCCGAUCGGCCUGCUGGCAUUCCAGUCGGCGGGCUCCAUCAACUCCACACGCUCGCUCGGCUACAACGAGAUCCCCAGCGUCGUCAUCACGAGCGUCUACUUCGACAUCGCGUCGGACAUGAACAUCUUCGCCGGCAAGAACGUCAAGCGCAAUCGCCGCGUCGCCGGCGUCGUCAUGUUGCUGGUCGGCGCGAUCGUCGGCGGGUGGCUGAAUCGCAGUGCCGGCGGGAUGGCGUCGACGUUUUGGCUGGCGGCUGGCAUUAAGUUUUUGAUCGGGUGUGGGUGGUUGGUGUGGGCGCCGAAGAAGCAGGAUGGGAAUUAG